AUGUCCACCACCACCUCCUCCCCCCCAACCCUCUACUUCGGCUACGGCUCCAACCUCUGGCUACACCAAAUGUCCACGCGCUGCCCCUCGUCCGCCUACCUCGGCAUCGCCCGUCUCGACGCCUACAAAUGGAUCAUCAACGAACGGGGCUACGCCAACAUUGUCUCAGCCACACCCUCCGAUCACGUCUACGGCCUCAUCUUCUCCCUCACACCCACCGACGAACACCACCUCGACAAAAACGAAGGCGUACCCCUCGCUUACACUAAAGAACACCUCCCUUGCACAUUCUGGGCCGGCACUUCGGACCGCAAAAUCGAUGUGACAAGGCCGCCCAGCGAGACGGAAAAGUCGGUUUUGGUGUAUAUUGAUCGGAAGAGAGUUACAGAGGGGGUACCAAGGGAGGAGUACGUGUAUAGGAUGAAUCGGGGGAUUGAGGAUGCCGUCAGGUGUGGGGUGCCGGAGGGGUAUGUGAGGGAUUUUAUGAGGGGGUUUAUUCCCGAGGAUAAUGGUGGUGAGGAAGAGGGCGGAGAGGAAGGAGGGGUGGGCGAGUUUGCAAAGAGGCAGGCUGCUGGGUUUAGGGAUGAGAGUGGGGUUAUUGAAUAG